AAAAGGCAAUGGGUUCGGCCUCCAUUUGUGGUCGAAAAGUCUGAAUAAUUAUUUUGAUCAUUUUUCUUCAAGGGUAUUGGCGUCAUUUUAAGAUUAUUUUACUUUUAUUUACAAUCCGGCUUUGAUUCUUUGUCCGGCCUUCAGCGCUUCGUUUUCUGCUUCUCUGAACAACCAGGCAAAAACUCGAAAGGAAAAUGAAAAUGUUGCGGCUUGUCUCUCCUUUGCAUCCUCGAAUCCCAUCAACUUCUCCGAAGCUCUCUUUUACUUACAAAGAUGCUUCCUUGUUUCCCAAACCCGAAAUUCAGGUCCGAAAAUACCCUUCGCGAUUCGUUCUAUUUGCUCAAAAUGGAAACAAAGAUGACCUAACCAAGGAACCCAACAAGGAAAAAGGAGAAGAAAAUCCAAAGGGGCAACCCAAUGGGUCGGUUAAUGGUGGCGACUCGAAGAAUGAACGACGGUCCAUGUUUAACUUCAGAUUGGGUGAUUUGCUGGACCCAGAUCCCGAUAACAUCGUAGCCCUUGGAUUGACAGGUCUGCUAACGUGGGCAAGUGUUCAGGUUUUGUGGCAGCUGUUUUUGAUCUCGGUGGCUAUUCUUUUAGCUGCUCUCAAGUAUUCCGUCGUUGCUGCUCUUCUCAUUGUCAUUCUCAUUACCCUCCUUUGAAAAAAUUUUGGAACUUUUUUUCCCUUUGUUUCUUGUAACACCACCUCUCUUGGAAACUGUCACAUGGAAUAGGAAAGAAAAAAGUUAGCUUGAAAGAUUAGAUACUGGUAUUCCAAGUAUUUCAAAAAUUAAAUUGCUGGAAUUUAGAGGUGGCAAUUCGUUGAGCUGGGUUGGGUUGUUCUGGCUAAAAUCUUGGGUAUUUUCAGUUUGAAUCAUUGGGGGGUAAGGUCAUUUUGAGUUUCAAAUUACUGACUUUGUAAAAAGUAAUUCAAAUUGAGUCAAAUAAUUUGUGCUAUGUUUAUUAUUUAAACUUGGGUCCUUUGAACAUUCCAAUAUUGGGUUUUGCAAUGUGGUGAUUGGUGAAGAACUUAUCGUUGCCUUUUGGGAUGGUAAGAGUGAGUCAUCCAUGGGAAAAGUGCAUCAAGUGAUAAUGGAACAAAACUUGCACCCAGUCCCAGUAGAAAACCAUUGGAAUUACAGGGUCUUCAUUGUGACCAACUGAAUUGCCGAGAAAGCUUUAUCACAAUUUGAAUUUGCUUUCUGGUUUUGCCCAUCAGGAAUCAUUUACUUUAUUCUGCGGCCGAUCCAAGAACAGCAUUGGAUUACCAUGCCUGGCGGAGUCAAAACUGGAACCCAAAAAAAAGGUUAUGACAAGCAUUCAUGCAGCUUGUUGCGUGUUCAGAACGUGAAACUGAAGCCCAGUUACUCAUCAAUAGAUCAACUUGGAAGUUCUCUAGAAGGGAGAAAAAAAAUAGAAGUUGAAAUGUUAUUCAUUUGAUGAAUAACAUAGUCUUCCAGGAGAAUAUAAAUACUCUAGUUUUGAAAGGAGAUAAUUUUUAUGGGGGGUGGCUCACCAAUCGCAACGAACAAGAUUGGAAAUUGACCACCUAUGGGGUCUUGUUUGGAUCUUUCUUAAUUUUCUGUUGAUGAAUUUUUUUCUUAUAUAGUUUUUUUUUAUUAUAUAUAAAAGCAACAUUGAUUGAAAUUAU